AUGGCCAAAGGUCCUGAGUACAGUGACCUCAGCACUUUCCGUGAGCAAGUUCAGUGCCUCACCAAUGAAAAUGUUCAGCUGCAAGAUCGAAAUGAAAGGCUCUACUGCAAGGUGGGAGAAUUGCAGGAGAGGCUGGGACAAUUGACUAUCUCCAAGGCGGACCUUUCCUCCAGGCUGAUUCGCAGUGAAGAGGAGAAGCUCAAGAUUUCCAAAGACUUUGUCGAUUUCCAGAUCGAAACUAAUAAAAAAAGAGAACAAAAUGAAGUGGAGAACUUUGAACUGAAGAAUCUGGUCUUGGACUUGGAGAAUCGUAUUCUGGAGAUUGAGCUCCGUGAUGAGAGGACCACUGGAGAACGUGAUGCUUUGCAGGAGCGCCUGCACACCUUGGAGAAGGACCACAAGGAGCUGGGGAACGAGUACCUUGCUUUGAAGAGCAACUACCUUGUAUUGGACAAGGAGAACGAACAGGCAGUCACUAAGAAUGAAGAACUGAGCAGGGAGUUACUCAACUUGGUUAAGUCCAAGCGGGAGGAUCCACACCAGCUCCAAACCAAGAACAGAGAGUCCCAGGCUGAAGCCGAAGAACCGUUGCUGAAUGAAGGGGUGCGAACCUUGGUCCAUCGCCUCUCUGCCCACAAAGUCAAGCCCAAAGAUGUGGCAGUGGCUUCAGAACAAGAACGUCAAAAGUUGGAGAAAAGUGUGAUUAUUGGAAACCAUGGUCACAUCGCUGAAGAGAUGGAAAAAAUGAGAGAAAUGUACAAUUCCCAGCAACAGAAAUUGGAGGAGAGAAUGAUCACCAUGGGCAAGGAACUGCAGGAGGCCAAGAAAGAAAUUCGGCACACACAGCAUAAACUGGCAGAAGAGUCGGUGAUAUUGCUGUCCUCCCAAGGCCAUCUUCAAGAGGUCGAGUCUCAGAAUUCCCAGCUGCAGUUACAACUCAAAGAGCUGAAUGAGGAAUACCGCUCGCGCCUUGUUCAGUACAUUACAGAUCUGGCGCCAUCCAAAUCAGGAGCCAGCCAAAAAUUGCCAGAGUCGAAAGAAAACCGCCCCAUAUUUGGGUGCCAUGAUGGGAUAUCCCCAUGUUGCAGCUGUUUGCCACGUUUUGAAAGCCAAACCACAAAGGCACAAAUUAGACUGCAGGAGGGUGGAACCCCUCAAAUGAAGCGUUUUGCGGACAGCAUGCUGAAAGACAUCCGAGCUUCCUAUAAAUCUCGGGAGGAACAGCUGGCUAGAGCUGCUCGUGGUUACAAGAAGCGCAUGCAGAAUUUGGUCAGGAAACAUGAGGGGCUACUCAUUGCCUACAGGAUACAACGUGAGCAAAUCCGGUUGCUGGGCUCUCAUGAUCUGGAUCCUGGCCCACCGGAGCAUCAUUUCUCCAUCACGGAUGCUCAACUGCUGACCAACACAACGCAAGAGUUAAAUCGGUUGCGGGAAGACAAAGCUAAUCUGGAGGGACAACUCUAUGAGCUGCAGAUGAAGGUAAAACUAAGUGAAAAAAUGACCACUGGGACAACUUCUCGUGUUCUGCCUCUCCCUGUCCAUAGUCAGCUGGAGAGCGAGGGCUGGGCUGAACUCAGGAAGCAGCUACGGGAAUUUACCCACACUACGCAAGUGGAACUGGAAAGGGAGAGAAGCCAGCUGCUGGCCCGGGCGAUGGUAGCAGAAGAGCAGGUUGCUGAACUGCAGGAAUAUAUGGACAAACAUCUGGGCAGAUACAAGCAGGAGAUCGUGAGAAUGCACAAACUCCUAGGAACAAAUGGAUCCCAAGCAUCUCAGGUUCCAAUGUACCGUUUAGCUUUCUUCCAGCAUACAUUGUACGUGUUUCCCCAAAAAUAA